AAGGACGCUCGUUUGGAAGGAAACGCGUUCCCGCGAGAUUUCAACGUUGAGUUGAGUAAAUGCCACGUCUUAUACACAGCGACCAUCGGCAUCAACGUAGUCAGAGAUAUUAGCACUUUAUCAGACACACUGCAGGCAGGACAGAGUUAUCCAGCGAUAUCUGACACGAUCCGAGGUGGAUAAUAUGGGCCGUGUACGUCUGCUUGCACUGACACUGGCCACAUCUGCAGUUCUGCUGUUAGCCUCCCAUCCAGCCUUCGCUCACAGCCACUCUCAUGGUGACCACGGGCACGGCCACGGUCACCAUCACCACGGACACCAUCACCAUCACCAUGGUCACUCCCACGGAGAAGACGAUCACCAUGGACACUCUCACGGCUCUCAGGUGAAGAUGUUCCAUGGAGCGAGCAAGUGGAGCGCUGAGGCCAACCUCCCUACGCCGGAAGAGGAGCACCAUGGACACGCUCAUGAUCACGGACACGCUCAUGAUCGACACGGACACGCUCAUGAUCACGGACACGCACACUCCCACGAUCACGGACAUGGGCACGCUCAUCAUGAGGAAGUUGUUCGCGUGCACAAGGAGGAGAGUGGGCAUGGGCACUCGCACGGAGGGGAGAGAGUGAAGAGGGAGGCAGAGGGAGAGAAGAGGGACACGGUGGAGCUCUGGAUGCAGGCUAUCGGAGCUACUCUGCUGAUCAGCGCCGCUCCUUUCCUCAUCCUGUUUCUGAUCCCAGUCCAGUCCAACAGUGACCAGCACCAGAACCUGCUCAAGGUGCUGCUUAGCUUUGCUUCCGGUGGACUGCUGGGUGACGCCUUCCUCCACCUUAUACCACAUGCUCUGGGUAGCCCCCACUCUCAUCAUGGAGAAGAUGAUCAUGGACACUCGCACUCAAGUGAAGAGUCACAUGACCACGGUCACUCCCAUGGUGCUGCCCACGGCCACAUGAUGUCAGUGGGUUUGUGGGUUCUCGGUGGGAUCAUCGCCUUCCUGGUUGUGGAGAAAUUUGUGCGUCUGCUGAAGGGAGGCCACGGCCACGGACACUCUCACGGACACUCGCAUGCUGCUCCUAAGGAAAAGGACAGUGAUGGAGAGGAAGAAAAGGAAAAGAAGAAGAAAGAGGAGAAAAGCAGCAAAGACAAGAAUGUGCCAAAAAAAGAGGAGAAACAAAGCACAGACAUCAAGGUGUCAGGUUACCUGAACCUUGCGGCCGACUUCACACAUAAUUUUACAGACGGCCUGGCAAUCGGAGCUUCAUUCCUGGUGGGUCCAACUGUGGGUGCUGUCACCACCCUCACCAUCCUGCUGCACGAGGUCCCCCACGAGAUCGGAGACUUCGCCAUCCUUGUCCAGUCUGGCUGCACCAAAAGAAAGGCCAUGUGUCUACAGCUGCUGACAGCCUUAGGAGCUCUGGCUGGCACAGCUUGCUCCCUAUUGGCUGAAGGUGUGGGCGCCGCGGCGACCGCCUGGAUCCUGCCCUUCACAGCCGGUGGGUUUGUUUACAUCGCCACGGUGACCGUGCUCCCAGAGCUGCUGGCGGGCCGCUCCACUUUCGGUCAGUCCCUGUUGGAGAUCCUGGCCUUGCUGUUCGGAGUCGGCAUGAUGGUGCUGAUCGCCGAGUACGAGUGAGACGCAGCAGAGAGGACGGGAACUCCAGACAGAGCGAGACAGGAAGGGAGGGAACAGAGAGACAGAGAGGGUGACGGUCAAAAAGGUUAAAAAAGGCAGUUUUAAGUAGAAUUCAAGUGGAUUAUUUUGGUCAGGGGUGUUUUCUUGUUUUUUUUAUUGUGUUCUAUUUUGGGACAAACACCACCCAUUGAUGGCAAAUGGGAGAUUUUUGUUGUCUUGUGUUUUUUAGCGGUUAACGGUCACAUCCCUGAUUUGUGUUACUAUUUGUUUUUGAGAGGAAAAGUGUCGGCUUCGGCUAAAAACUGAUCCGCGGUGAAGACUGAGAGCUGGAGAGAAGCAAACUGGUGGAAACGUGUUUGAGGACUGCUGUGUUGUUCACUGAGGGCCUCCAUCGGGACAGGAGGUGACGUCUUUCUGUCCACCGGUCUCAAAAUUCACACUGUUCACUACAUGGAUCAUUUGCAGUUUGACUGCAGCUUAAACUGACAGUUAACGUCCUUCCAAAAGUGGCUGAAAGUAAAUAAGUUUCCCAGCUGUAACAGUAAAUUUUCUGUGAUCUGACAAGCAGCUGGUCCUUAUAUCUGCAUUUCAGAGUUGGGUCAGUGAAGCAGCAGAGAAAGCAAAGGUCUGGCUCAGUUGCUCUCACUACAGUGACCUGCUCAGUUAUAUAUGUUUAAUGUCUGUUUUGUUUGAAGAUGCUGAAUGUUAAUAUUUUUUACAUUCCACAAAAUAAAAGUAAAUGUUGUGGCUUCUACGGUUGUGCUCAAAAUGGCAUCAUGUUCACUCUCAGAUCAUUAAAAUCUCACCUGAUUCUUGUUUAUUAAAGGAAAACCUGGUUAGACUUUUAACAUUCCUACACAAUCACAUUUUUUUUCAGCUGAUGGAUGAUUUUAAAAACACUGACAGUUGUGAUGAACAUUUGAAAUAAAGGUUCAUAAUUCUCAAA